GUAUUAGUACGCAUUUUCCCUCCCGCUGAAAUCCUCUCAGAUUGCCGAAUCUAGAGCGACUACUAUUUCUUCAAUCCACGGCCAAAAAUUCAUCCAGUCGGCAUGUGACUUGUCGUUUUUAUGUUAGGCAUUUUUGCCGCGAGUUCCACUGGACAUGAUCGUAGAGACGUUGAUGGAAAGUUGUACUGCGAUUAUGGAACUGAAGGAAAUGGUGACUGCGAAGCAAAUGGACUAGGAACUUUCUGCGUAAGUACUAGUAAUAAUUACUUAUAAACUAGACACACACUCAUUCUUCUUUAGUGCAAACUCGAUUACGAAUAUCCGGAAUACGUUAUUAAACGAGCUACUACUGUUGUCUCCAAGAACCUCAGAGGAACAUCGAAUUGUACAGCGCCCCAAGGCAAAGUGAAAGACGAAGGACUCAUUCUUUGUGCACCUAAUAAUUAGGGGCUUGUUGGUGUUUUGU